CACACACAUACACACACACACACACACACACACACACGCAGACACAGAGAGAGAGAGAAAGAGAGAGCUGGGAGCUGAGAGGACGGGACGAGGCCGGAGCGGCGGCAGCGGAGGAGAGGAGAGGCUCUCGGAGCGGCGGCGGCCUGAGCGUGGAGGGGCCGGGGCGGUCGGGUCCCGGAACUGAGAGUGACCUGGUGCACUUGAGGGUCUAUUUUCCUAGCAUUGUGAAGCCAUCCUGAACUUGAUGGGCUGGAGGUUCUAGGUGUUUCAGCAGCCCCAGACUUCACUUGGUGAGGUGGAGGUUAUGAAGAGAGAACACAGUUAUUUGGAGGUAUAUGAGUGGCCCAAGGCUUCCAAACAUUAAAAGACAGAAUCAACUGGGAGCAGGGCAAGGAUGCCGAUUCCGCCACCUCCUCCUCCACCUCCACCUGGUCCACCUCCACCCCCCACUUUUAACCAGGCAAACACAGAACCGCCCAAGCUGAGUCGAGAUGAACAGCGGGGCCGAGGUGCCCUAUUACAGGACAUCUGCAAAGGGACACGGCUGAAAAAAGUGACUCAUAUCAAUGAUCGGAGUGCUCCAGUCCUUGAGAAAUCCAAAGGCGGAAGUGGGGGUUAUGGUUCUGGAGUAAAUGCCCUACAGCCCAAGGGAGGUCUCUUCCAAGGAGGAGUUCCAAAACUCAGACCUGUUGGAACAAAGGACAUUUCAGAGAACCUAGCUGGCAAGACAGUUUUACAGGUCUCUGGUUCCCGAGCCACUGCCCCGAGGCCCCCAGGGUCCACAGGCAAUAGCCGUCCCCAAGAUGAUUCAGACAGUAGCCGAGCUUCCCCCCCAGAGCUGCCACGGAUGCAGAGACCCUCUUUACCGGACCUAUCCCGGCCCAAUUCCACCAGCAGCACAGGCAUGAAACAUAGUUCUUCAGCUCCCCCGCCACCACCCCCUGGGCGCCGUGCCAAUGCACCCCCUGCACCUUUGCCUAUGCACAGCAACAAAGCCCCAGCCUACAACAGAGAGAAGCCUUUGCCGCCAACCCCUGGACAGAGGCCUCCCCCUGGCCGAGAAGGGCCUCCUGCACCACCUCCGAUUAAGCCACCUCCUUCCCCCGUGAAUAUUAGGACAGGACCAAGUGGGCAUAACCAGUCUUUGGCUCCCCCUCCUCCGCCUUACCGACAGCCCCCUGGUGUCCCCAAUGGACCCUCAAGUCCCACUAAUGAGUCAGCCCCUGAGCUGCCACAAAGACACAAUUCUUUACAUAGGAAGACACCAGGGCUCGUUAGAGGCCUGGCACCUCCCCCCCCCACCUCAGUCUCACCUUCUUUACAGAGUAGUAGACCACCUCCCCCUGCCCGAGAACCUCCCAGUCGGGGAGCAGCUCCUCCACCCCCACCACCCUUAAUUCGAAAUGGUGCCCGGGAUGCUCCGCCUCCACCUCCACCAUACCGAAUUCAUGGCUCUACAGAACCCCUAAGCAGAGGAAAACCCCCACCUCCACCUUCAAGGACACCAGCUGGGCCACCUCCACCACCUCCACCGCCCCUGAGAAAUGGCCACAGAGAUUCUAUUGCAGCAGUUCGAUCUUUCUUGGAUGAUUUUGAGUCCAAGUAUUCCUUCCAUCCAGUAGAAGACUUCCCUGCUCCAGAAGAAUAUAAACACUUUCAGAGAAUUUACCCCAGCAAAACAAACCGAGCCACCCGUGGGGCCCCACCUCUGCCACCUGUCCUCAGGUGAAGCCCAAGUGGGUCCUAUUCCUCAGCAAAAGGAUGGACCUCCUCCAGUUCUCAAAUGGUCCCUACUGCUUCCCCAAAACCUGCAUGAGAACUUCCAUUGUGUUCUUCCAGUGCAACCAGCCUCUCAGAAUUCAGCAUCCCUCCCAGCUCAUCUUCAUCUAUGCAUCUCCUCACUGGACUUGAUUGGACUCUCUUAUUUUGGCAGUGGGUUCCCUAUUCCUCCACUUCCCUUUAUCUAGUGAACCCUGCUAGCUGUGUGAGGAAAUAGCUUCUGUCUCCUGUUCUCUCUUUGGAGAGAGGUGCCUUGUGAUGAAUUCAUCAAUUAGAGCAGGGUGAAGACAGUAUCCUUCUUGUUUCCACAUCAAAUCCUUCUCUGAUCCCCCACCCCUGGGGAAGCCAAAUGGGUAUAUAUGAACUUCAAGCCUUUAGGGAGUUUGGCAUAGCCAUUACCACCUCUGGUCUUUGUGGGGAGAGUGCCAUCUUCAGUAAAAUAGGAAAGAAGUAUACAGAGAUGUUAUCUGCUUCAUAGGUCACACAGUUACAGAGCAGGAGAGGAAAAAGGUCUGCUUUCUUCUUGGGGUAUCUUUUUUUUUUUUUACACAGGGUUAAAGUUCUGGGCUACAUUUGGGUUUACUAAUCAGUUAAGCUUAAAGCAGAUACUAAAAUGGGAGAAUGGGCUCAAGCUAAGGAUUUCUUAGCUGUAGUCAAUUCCUCUAUAACGGAGGGACCAAAAGAGGAUUGAGUUCUCAGGGGCCCCCUGCCUCAUUUACCCAGGAUCCUGGGUGGCCAAGUAGGCUCAAUUGAAGCACGUUUCUAAUCUCUUGGAUCACGUGCUAAAGAACCAGUGCAGGUCCACAGUGGUCUCCUUGGGAGAAGAUGGAGCUGAAUUGCAUAUGUGUAUGUGACCAGAACCUCCUUGUUAUACCCCAGACCAAACCCAGUGCUGGUUUACCUUCAUUAUUUUUCCAUGUACUGUUGUUUUGAUUAGGUCAAUUGUAGGGAAACAUUUUCUAACUCUUCUUAUUUUAAAACCUGGUAGCAGUUAUCCCCCAGAGAUGCCCUCAGCACAUGGGAUUGGGAGGAGAUGGAAAGGCUUCCCAGGCAAGGAGCCCUAGACUGGGGAAGGGAAGUAGGAAAGCUUGAUAUUUAACCAUACUGAUCAUUUACUUAGUCCUGACUGUGAAGUCUUCAGAUCAUUGUCGAAAUGGAAAUUGGCAACUUCUACACAAUGUUCCAUGAUGGUGUUUUUCUUUAAAAUAUUCAAACAUAGAACAGAAAGAGAAAUGCUUGUUACCACAAAAGCCAAACCCUACUUUUUCUUCUGGGGUUGGCACCUUUCUUUCCAUUACUUGUUCCUUUGGAUUUUAGACUGUGUCACAUUGGCAUCCAUUGUACUUUCAUUGGCUUGCCUCCUGAAAAUGGUUGGCUAAGCUCAAGUCAAAUGGAUUUUUCUUCUUCAGAGUGUGUUGAUAAUCUAUUAUGUAUUUGGACAUCUGCCUUAUACACUACUCUGUCCCACUGGUGGUACUAGAUUUAUUAUCAUGACACAACUAGAACAGUAAUUCAUUCAGCAAAUUUAUUAAGAGCCUACUCUUGAGUAAUGGGAAUGUGACUCAUAGUUAACUGAUCUAUUUUGUAUGUUAAAAAAAAACACAAAAACUUGUAAUAUAGGUUUAAGGUGGGCUGGCUGCAAGGGCACUAAAACUUCUCACCUUUGAACUCCUCUUUUCUCUGCUUGUGGGAAUGUUGUUACCUCCUUAGUUCAAGAUUGGGUGGGUCUCAUGUUGAGACUACUCCCAGUCAACAAACCCUUAUAUGUCCCCUCUCUGAAGGAAGAGAUGGUGCCCAGCUCUGCUCAUCAGAAAGCUGAGUUAAAAGCCCCCUGGUUGGGUUUUUUUUUCCCUAAUGGGAAAAACUUAAUAUUUGUUUCCUAUUGCCCUGGCUGUAAAGCAGAUGGGUAGCCUCAAGCCUAAAUGAGAGCAGUACCCCUCUACUUCUGCUAAUCUACCCAGAUCAAAGCACUUUGACAUUGUGUGUGAUUCUGUGUAUUGGGGGGUUGGAAUGCUGCUCAAGCUUCAAAUCUUUGCUUUUCCUGAAACCAGGGCUCUUAGGCUUUUGGAGUGGCUGUAGAGUUCCCUAGGAACACAUCCCAGCCGUCGUCCUUAUUUGGCAAGGGGCAGGGAGGACCUGUCUUUGGCCUCCUAACUUGAAGCCCAAAUGAACCUCUAGGGAGAGGUGAGAAGAAAAUGUGUAAAUAGACUUAAGCAUUGCUACAGAGUAACUCAGGGCUGGGGUAUAUUUUAAAUUAUCCUGAUCACUUGAAAUAACUCAUAGACUAAGUGAAUUUUGGAAUGGGGGAGGGAAAUGUGUCCCCAUAGUUCUCUUAUCCUGAGGGGUCUAAGGGGAGGUAAAUAGGGGUCGUCUAAGGAUCUGUUUUUAUUUUUGAUGGCACUAUGCUGAGUUGUCUGUCCUGAAAACCCAACCUGGGAUCAAUGGCAAACCAAAUUCCUUACAUUCCAGUCUUGGUCUUUCUAUCCCAGUUACAUCCCAGCCCCUGGCUCUAAGGUCAAGGUGGCUCCCUGCCAAUCAUUCCUUGGAAUUGGAAAUGUGGGAGAGUUGGCCCACUGCAACAUUGCCUUUGAAAUUCAUCUGUUUUAAAACAACAAAAGCAAAAAUGUGCAAAAACAAAAAAAAGAAUUGAAAACUGUUUAGUAGAAGGAAGUUUUUGGAUCCAUUCAACUCCACAUUCAUUGUGCCUUUACCCUGUGUCAGCCAUCUGUGCUCUGUAUUCCUCUUGGACUGAAGCAAUUUAAAUCUCCCUUGUCCUGUUUCUUUCUUCCUCUGCACAUCUUUGUAGACCUGGUCAGGGCUUCUUCUCUAAUCCUUGUGAGUCUCACUCCACCAGUGGCAGAGGACCAGCUUCUCUUUCUCCCUACCUCUGUUUCUCCCCUAGAGUGACAAGCAUGGAUGUCACAAUAAUCAACACUGUAUAAAUACACCCAGAAUGAUGAGAGAGGGUGUGUGCACAUGUAUGCUCGAGCGCGUGUGUGUGUGUGUGUGUGUGUGUAGUGUCUGCAUGUAGAUGGAUUUUUAAAAAUAAUUUAUUGUAUGAAUAUAUGGAUGUUAUGUUUUGAUCCAUAAUUCUCUUUCCCUAGUUGUGUUGAUUCCGCUGGGCCCCCCCUCCCCCCAAGAUGUACAGUCUGGUCUCAGGUUGGAUUCUUUGGUACACUUACUUCUCCCUUCUGGGUGCCAUGCAGCUAUUUAAUUAAACCUCAUUUUACAAACCAAAUCAAA